AUGUCCGUUGAAGUAACUCAGCUCCACAGUGAGAUCGAGGCCAUCGUCGAGAAGUUCGACGUUGUUGCCAGAAUCAAGGAUAUCCAGGAGGGCGGUGACGUCCGUUCUUCCGUUCCCGUCACAAUCGCCGUCACCACUGACGCCACCAUCUCCCUCCUCAAAGAAAAAUCCACCAUCGGCGAAUCCACCGAAGCCCCAGAAAGCCUCGGCAAGGGCGACAAGGCCACCUUCAAGGUCACCCAAGGCGACGAACUCAAAUACUCCGUCACCGCCGGCGACUUCACCGGUGACUUCAAGAUCGUUUUCGAGAUUGACAAGUCCUCACCAAAGCUAAAGCUCAGCGACGAACUCGAGGCCGACGACGUCCCAGUUGGAUUCGAAACCACAAAGACCGAGACUAAGACCGAGAUUGAAAUCGAACGUGAAGUCGAGGUUGAGAAGGAAUGGACCAAGGGAAAGAGACCGGAGAGGGAGACUAGCAAGAAGACCAAACAGGAGGCUAAGGCUGGUCCUAACUCCUUCCAACACCAGGUCGAGACUAAGUUCGAGCAGGAGACUGAUAAGAGCGAGUCGAAGGUUGAGACUGAGACCGAGAUUAGCAGCAAGAAGAUCGAGGUUGAGUAUGUUAUCUACUAA